CCGGCCACCCUCCCUCGCCACUGCGGAGCCGCGGGAGGGGGGGGCGAUGGAGAUGAAGAAGCGCAUCAACCUGGAGUUGAGGAACCGGGCCCCCGAGAAGGUGACGGAGUUGGUGCUCGAUAACUGCCGGUCCAGCAACGGCGAAAUCGAAGGUCUGAAUGAUUCGUUUAAAGAACUCGAGUUUCUUAGCAUGGCCAACGUAGAGCUGACAUCGCUGGCCAAACUUCCCACGUUGAGUAAGCUCCGAAAGUUGGAGUUGAGCGACAACAUCAUUUCAGGAGGCCUGGAGGUCCUUGCAGAAAGAUGUCCAAAUCUCACAUAUCUAAAUCUAAGUGGCAACAAAAUCAAAGAUCUUGGCACUGUGGAAGCUCUCCAAAAUCUUAAAAACUUGAAGAGCCUUGACCUGUUCAACUGUGAGAUUACAAACCUCGAGGAUUACAGAGACAGCAUUUUUGAGCUGCUUCAGCAAAUCACGUACCUGGAUGGAUUUGAUCAGGAAGAUAACGAGGCACCGGACUCAGAAGAUGAUGAUGAUGAGGACGAUGAUGAUGAAGAUGAGGAUGAAGCUGGUCCUCCAGGAGAAUAUGAAGAGGAAGACGACGAAGACGAUGGCGGUUCAGAUUUGGGGGAAGGUGAAGAGGAGGAAGAAGUUGGUCUUUCGUACCUGAUGAAAGAAGAGAUUCAGGAUGAAGAUGAUGAUGACGACUAUGUUGAAGAAGGAGGUGAUGAGGAGGAGGAAGAACAUAAUGAGAUGUAUGCAUGCCUCUUUUCCUUAGCAGAGGGCAUUCGAGGGGAGAAGAGGAAACGAGACCCUGAAGACGAAGGCGAGGAAGAAGAUGAUUAAUUUGUUAUAGACACAAGUAGGACCAGACUCUUCAGUUACAGAAUACGCAAUAGUGAUUAUGCAGAUCUGUAUGUCUCCAUGUACCAUAGAUGUCCCUACAGAAGACGAUAUGUUAACUUUUUAUAGGAGAAGUGUGGUUUUACUAUUCUUGCCCUUUUUACCAUUCCGAAUAAGAUAUAAUAGCCUGUUAGUGAACCUAUAUGUAGAAAACAAUUUUCAGCCCUAUAAUCACUGAAGCCAUUGUCAAGUUUUUUCCCCCUAGACUUUUAUUUGGAGCUCUUUAAUUUUAUACAAGCUUGCUGUGUUGGUCAUCGUUAGCCCCGAGUUAAACACACCCGUUUCCCGUGGGUUUAAUAUUAUGGAUUUCCUUCAAGAUUUUAAAGUUUUUAUACUUAAAAAGCUGAACUGAAAAAUGCUACAUGGCAAAUUCCAGUCUCUUUUAAAUGAGAUGUUGACUGUAGUCUGAGUUUACCAGGGAUUCUAUUUGAAAUCGACAACUAGAUUACACCUUUACUUCAGCUUUUUAAAAGGUGACUCCUGUAACCUUUUUUUAAGGCUUCUAUCCCAUUUUGUGUGUUACGCUAAAGCCGAAGUGGGUUUCGGAGGAUCUUUUUUUUUUUUCCUGCUUGUUCAGAUGUUCAGUGUUUGCUGGAGUAUUCACUAGCUACAUUCAAGAACGUACCUUGGCACACUGAAAGGGUUGUAAUCCGUAAAUUUUCUCCAAAAUCCGUAGUCAUUGCAGGUAUUAACAAAAGCAAAUAAUGUGUAGUUUUGAACCAUUUCGCUAGAAGUCUUUGUUAAACUUUCACUCACUUCGCUCUUGCGUUGUCAUUUCGGGAAUUCUGCAGCAAUCAUGGUGUUUGGCUAUAAAAUAUAUGCAUUUCUGAUGCAGAAGUUAACGGGUAACUCCUUCAAGCACAUUUUUUUCAAACAACCCCCCCAAUUUUAUAGAAUCGUUGAAGGGGGAAAGAGGAACAUGAGUUAGUCUUUCUUCGCAGGUCACCUUUUAAACUUUUUAAAUCUGGUUGUAGGCAAAACAUUCAUGUAUAAUACUAGUUAAUAGUUCAGGGUUUUUUAUACUGGAUGGCUGCAGAAACUUGUUCCGUUGUGUACGGUUGGUGGCAAGUGCGGGAGACAUGCAGACAAGCCUUUUUCUGGCAGCCUGAUUGUGACCAACGGGUCUUAAUAAUUCUGCCCCAACGGAUUCAUGUUUUCUAUUCGAGCCACUGCGAAACAAGUUCGGACAUACAGCAUUCCUCUUUCCAUCGUGAUCUGAAUUUGAAACAGUAGUCUUGAUAUAAAACUAAUUUACGUCGUUUCACGUAGGUACUGAACCAAAUAUCACACACAGCUUUAUUCAAGAGACUUAUUUUUAUAUCUGUCUUGGCUGACAAUAGCUGCCAUUAAACUGGGGGAGACACCGGGGUGGGGAAGAGGGAGAUUUCCUGGACCUAAGGAAGAGUCAGUCGCCCAUCGAUCGUUACCUGUGAAUAUUUAAUAGGUAUUUCACACACUAGCAGACUUGAAAUGUGACUUCCAACUCCUAAAUCAAGUUUAGAUACUGCAGGGUUGAAGUUCUGCAAAGCCCAAUUUCUUGUGCGUGUGGUUUUUUUUCCCCCCGAAUAGAGCCUUAAAUCAUAGUUUCUCAUGUAGCUGUAAAGCAUAGCCAGCCGCUACAGGCAUCCAAAUGAAACGAGUCAGGCAGAUGGCAAUAUACUUGGAAAUGAACUGACUUAAAUGGGGUUUGCAUUUUCUAAUGAAUAUCUGUAAAGACACUAGAAAAGUAGUGGUAAAACUACAUUUGCAACCACAAUCUUAAGUUCCUGUGUUUGUGUAUGAAUACUGAAUGAAUAGAAACCUUAGGUAAGUGCACAUCCUAUCUUGUCAUGGAGGCUCUGUGUUCGAGGCAGUUGCUUUGUGCUCAGCUUUGAGAUAGAAAAGUGUAUUUUCCCAUCUUUUUGCUUGUUUUUUUCAGUCUCGGCAAAUGAUUGAAGCCUGUUAUUUAUAAGCGUGUACUUUAAAGUACCUCAUCGUCAGGGUUUUCCUUAACUGUCUCUUACUGAUGCAUACAAGAGUAGUUUUAAAUGGAAAAAAAAUUCUACUUGGAGGGAUUAAAGUCCUUUGAGUACUGGUCUUGUUUCAGCAAGCGAGUCCCAUUUUGACAUUGGAUGAGCUAACUGGACAGACCAGGACAAACUCAGAAGGGGUUAGCAGACCUUCCCCAGGAUGGGCAGACUUCACACUUCCGAAAAACAACUCGCAGCAUCGUGCAUCAGCCGCUACAUCUACAAAUCUGAGCCUCACACAAAACUUCCUGAGUAACUUUGUCUUUUCCUCAGUGUUACCAUCUAAGUAUAGUUUCAUGUUUGUCAGCUUGGCAUGCAAUUAAACAGCAUAGCAUUUUUUUAAAAAUAAGUAAUACAGAGCCUCCAGAUAACUUUUGAAACUUUUUUGCUUGGUGGGUGGUCUUUUCAUGCAAAUAUGUAAGGGUGGGUUUUAUAUUUUGUAGAGGUUUUGUCCUAUUUUAAUGCUCUUUGUAUGGCAGUAUGUAUAUAGUGUGUUUCGGUUCCUUAUCAAACUCUUUCCUUAAACUUUGGAGUAACUGAUUUUGUGCAACUGUGUUUUGAAUAAAGCCAUGACAGUGUUAAAUUAAAGAAAACAA